AUGAUAAUCUUAUUACUGUGAAAGAGAUUAGACCGACCACAUUAGCAACGAGAUACAAUGCAUCUCAGAACAAAUACCGUUCUUAGUGAACAUAUUAUUAUACUGAGCAUCUCAUCAUAGACAGCGUUUUCGGCAUAUCUAAACUGAAUGAUGUGUCAAUCAAGGACAGUUUAAAGAUCAUCAGGGACUGUGACCUCUGUUUUACUCAAAACUGUAAACUACCUCUCAUACCUGUCUGAAACAAGCUCAGAAUUGUGGAAAAACAUGCCUGGUCUUAAUAAUGCUGGUCCAAAUCCAUGGACUUUCUCUGAGUUACUGGGACAGAGGAGCAUUCUGGGAGUUGUAGUUCUGAUUACAUGGUUAGUUCUGUUCCACCUUCUGGUUAAUGUGUGGCUGCUGUGCAUCUUCACCAGCCUGUUGGUAGUGCUGGGUGGAUGGCUCGGAUCUCGUGUUGCCUUGGAUGCCAACAGCCUCCUUCAUUUGGAGCAUUUUCUCCCCCUGGGUGAGUCCCCUCAAGCUCACACUUCCUCAGAAAGCGAGCAAAGACUGGACUGGGAGAUUCAGAGUGCUGUUGAUAAGGCUGUGCGGGACUUCGUGUCAUCCUGGUACAGCAGUUUUGUUUCAAAGGGAGGUGAUGAGUUUGAACGGGAGAUGAGAAAUGCCAUGCUGGAGGCAGCUGCUGAAUUAAAGCGAAGGGCAAGGCAGGUGGACAGGAGGGCUCUGGCCCAGAAGGUUCUUGAGCUUUUAGGAUGCCAUCUGCAGAGCUUCAGCCAAGCCAGGGAACUCCAACACACAAUGCAAGAAGAGUCUGACCAGCCUCUCCCAAAGUUACAACCAGGCUGUGGCUCCGCACUGUGGAUGUUUUACAGUAAGGCUGACUUGCCUCACCCUGCCCUGGCUACUCCAACUAAUCAGCUCAGCUACUCUAGAGCACUGGUAGAUCUCCUUAUGCAUGUCCUUAUUCCCCACUCUCACCUAGAAACACGGACAGGUCGAUACAUGGUGGUAGAGCUCAUUACUUGUAAUGUUCUUCUGCCCCUAGUGGCAAGAAUAUCCAAUCCAGAUUGGUUAAACCAGACCAUUGUGGAUGUGUUCACCAAGUCCACUGACAAAGGGGAAACACUAUAUGUAAGUCCACAACAAAUACCUUCAGCAGACCUGGAAGAAUCCCAUAGCAGCUUUUGGGAUUGUGAUGACCCAGUUACUUUUGACUGUCCAGAAACCUCCAGCAUGCAGACAGCAUGGUCUGUAUCCACAGCCCCCAUCCAUGAUUCUUCUGGAUCAAGUUUCCAGAGUCAGUGGUCCUUUGAUGAAAAUAAUCAAGGAAGAAGAAACUUAGGAAUACUUUUCCCAGAGAGAAUUUCCCAAAAUACAGCUGAAAUACUCAGAUCUCCAUACCGUACCAGCCGCCUCUACAGACACACAGACUGUGAUGUUGAAUCACCCUCGUCUGAAGGGAUGAAGACAUCUACUGAGUCUCUGAAACAAACUGACUCAGAAGAGGAUAAAGUCGAGAACUUCUGUGACUGCAUUUCUCCGUCAGACUUUUGUGGCCUAGCUUGUCUGGAGGAAGACACUUUUAGUCUUUUAGGAAAGUGUUUCAGGCAAAACAUUUUAGUUUCAGAGCCUCCUUCAUGGCAUGAGAGUACUGCGGAGGAGUCUACAAUUGGACCCUUGUCUCACACACCAAACUCCAACCCCGAAAGCUUUGGACUGGACCCAUUUGUUUUUGAAAACCUGGGAAGUGUAGAAGGACCAGUAACUAUUCAGAACCUGCAGAUUACUGGGACUAUCACAGCCAAAGAGCAAAAAAGCAACAGUAACAAUCCUUAUACUCUUUACACUGUAAAGUAUGAAACUGCUGCAGAUUCAGAGAGCUCGUCCUCUGAUCAGCCUGUUGCAAAUCACAUGGUGAACCGGCGCUACAGUGAGUUCCUCAAUCUGCAGACCCGUUUGGAGGAGAGGUCUGAUCUAAAGAAGGUGAUCAAAAAUGUCAAAGGUCCAAAGAAACUGUUCCCAGACCUUCCCUUCAGCAACCUAGACUUAGAUAAAGUGGAAGCCAGGAGAACCCAACUGGAAUCAUUCCUCAGGAAACUGUGCACUAUCCAAGAGGUAGCUAAUAGUGAGGAAGUACGUGAGUUCCUUGCCUUCAACACAGAUGCUAGAACUGCUUUCCAGAAGAAGCCAUCAAGUUCACGCAUAGACAAGAUGGUAGAAAACAUUGUGGACACUCUGAAGACAGCGUUCCCACGAUCAGAACCCCAGAGCCCCACAGAGGAAGGAGACCCACAGAGGAAGCCCCGUCUGAGAUUCUCUAGUAAAAUAGCUCCUACUCUCAAUGUCCCGGACCUGCAACCUAAAGUGGCAUACUCUUUCAGGGAACGCUGCUCUGUUCUCAGAGGUCUCUCGCUGUCAGGUCUGGAGGGGUUUGUAGAGGAACAGGAGAGGCAUGUGGACUGUGGCUCCAAGAGUCACUCUGCAAAGGGAAGACUUCUGAAAGAAGAGCGGAGACCUACAGAAAAGAGAGCAAGAGGAACAGACACAGCCCUGGCAGACAUCGCUCUAAAUAUCUUGUGUUUGCUGAUGAAGAACCAGUGGAGCUGGCUGUGUACAGAAAACAUCCAAAAGACCAUAAGACUGCUCUUUGGCACUUUUAUUGAAAGGUGGUUAGAGGUAAGCAUAGCCCACCUGACCAGCGCCCCAUACUGGGCGAUUUAUCUACAGGUUCUCCAGGAGGCAGUAUGGCCCGGGUGUGAGCUGCCUGUUGGGCCACGGCCAGAAAGGAGCCCAGAGCAGAGAGAGAAAACGAGACUUCAGUGCCUGCAUUACCUUAUGCAACUGUUCCCAGAGUUUCUUACGGACAUGCUCGGCUCUGAGAAAUGUAGCCUGGUUUGGGAGCAUGUGCUGGAAUCUUUACAGGACCCCAAUAUCAACAGGCACUUGGUUUACUGUAUCUUUGACCUGCUGCUGGAGUUCCUAGUCCCAGAAUUUUCUGAGGAGAUGUUCCAGAGGUCCUUACUUCAGUGUCUACCAGGGGAUGUAGAGAGAACACCAUCAACUGUCUAAGGACACCGUGCUUCUUUCCUUCACUAUGUUUUAUCAGUCUGGCUUAUCAGUUUGGCUGGCUUUGUGAAUAGCUGUGUCACAAAUUUUUAACAGGACAUUUUUACAUUCAUAUCCGAUACUCUUACCCACUAUAUUUCAGAUGGGUUUAGUGCAGUUAUAUUUCUUUGAAUUUUAAUAUACAUACAGUACCAUCUUAUCUCUUUAUCUGAUUGUAAUCUCUCUCUUUCUCUAAGCAGGUCCUUGAAAGUCCUCACUUAUGUUUUUUUCUGGUCUAUCUGAAUGAACUCUCACUACAGCUUUUUAUCUUUCCCCAAAGCUUCUGUAUCAGCAGAUACUUUAUCAUCAGUCAAAUCUGGCAAUACCUGGGAUGAAACAAAUGAGACUUUUUUCUUAAUCAAGGUCCCUUAAUGCAUACAGAUUAACAAUACUCAAAUUGCACCUUUUCAGAGCAUGAUUUUCCUGGUAAUAUUAUAUGAGAAACCACAGAAGGCUCAAAUUCUUCAUGGACAUAAAUAUCUGUAAAAUAUAAGAUUUGUCAUUGCUUUGAAUUGACCUACUUUUUAAUUGUUUAAUUUGUACGGUUUGGAGACAAAACAUAAAGACAUACGUAUGUGUCUAUUGUCAAAUUCCCUUAUUUACAAUCUGGUUAUGAUUCAGCAGGCCUUCCUAGAUUUGUCUACUGGCCUUAUUUGUGGAAAUAAUUGCUAAAUAGAUAUAUCUUUUUAGGAUAUUAUUAUCUCCUCUGUGUCUUUUUUUAAAUGAACUAACAGCAGAUGUUCUGUAUUGAAGAUCAAUAGGUAAUUGUUAGUUCAUUAUUGAAUUUAGAAUGGUAUAAAAACUGUUUUUUGGAGAAAAAUUGUAAUUAUUUUUUUAUUUUUUUUAUUUAUUGUUUUAUUGAACUGAACAAUGAUUGAUGGAAUUUUAUGGUACAUCAAGAACAUAAUGAAAUACAUAUUCUGUACACCAUGUUACCUUACUACAGUACUACUGUCUAAUUUUGUUACUGCAGAAAAUAUAUGUCACAAAUAUAUCUUACUCUGGUAAUGUGUUUAGGUACCACACUAUGUAAACAAUAUAACAGGCAUAUUUUAAAGCUAUUCUAAGAGUCCAAGACUGUCAAUGGAGGAUCACAAUUGAGUCCAGGAUUAGGUUUAAUCUGUGUCUGGUUGCUGCUGCUGUGUUGCUCUCUGCUGAUCUCCACAUGACCUGGCCUUGCAAGUCUGGAUACAGAGUUGGACCUUGUUUUAAAUGUCUGUCAGAACCUGCAACUAAGGCCAAGUUUAUGAAGGAAGCCAGUGGAGCAGAAUUAGAUUAAAUUGUAUUAUUAUUAUUAUUAUUAUUCUUGCAUGGAUAGCCAUCAGAUGUU